CAUUUUCUUUAACAAUAAGUUCUCAUUCUUCUGUUUUUCAAAGAAACAAAUAAAAUAAUGAAAUUUAUCUUUUCUUUUGUUGUGUUCUUUCUCUUCCUCAAUUGUUUAGCCACCGCGCAAACUCUGAUCCAAAAUUGUUGCAAGAAAGCGACAACCACAGAUCCAGAUCUCAAUUAUGACAUAUGUGUUCAAUAUCUUGAAAAUGACCCGCAAAGCAAAAAUGCAACUAGUCUCAAAGAAUUGAUCAUAGCAAUAACGAAGAACGCUGCAUCCAAAUCAACUAACGUGAAAAGGAUCGCUGAGGAGAUUCUCAAGAAGAACCUGACACAUGGUGUUGAGGUACCUUUACGUGCUUGUCUCGAACUUUAUGAUGAUGCUAAUGAUUCUUUGAACGAUACUUUGAAAUUCGUCGAUCUGGGCGAUUACAAAAGCGUUAAUUCUGCUCUGUCUACUGCAAUGGAUGGUCCUGUCACCUGUGAAGAUGGAUUCAAAGAAUUUGAGACGAAAUCUCCGAUUGUUAAUGAGAACAACGUUUUGGUUCAACUACUUAGUAUUGAUUUGGUUUUUUCGGUGAUUCCAAAAUGAAAUCUAUAAAAGUGUAUUAUUUAACAUCUGGAUUAAUAAUAUUUACUAAAUAAUCUCAA